UUUAGUAAAAGUAAAAAUCUACCACUCUCUCUCUAACAAAUUAAAGAAUUCCAUUCACCUCCCCAAAUCCCUAACUCCAGAGUCGCAUUCGGGGCGAGAAUUCCAAUCAUCUCUUGUCCCCUCCCUCCUCUCCGGCGAAAGCAGAUUCAACUUGUGGCCACAUGUGAGAGUGUUCGAAAUAAGUAGAGAGAGGCAAGACGGAGGCGCGACUGAAAUUGUCAGCCAAUCAUUUGAAUGAGUGCAAUUUGGAGCACCUGGAAAGUCAUUUUGCCAAAAUUCCUUUGGCAUUACAAAAGUUUCUCCAGAAAUCUCCUGUUUGAAUUUAAGGAGUUCCACUUAAAUGGCUUAGUUGAAAAUUCAUGAAUUUUAUAUAUGAUGGGCUCUUGGGACAUGAUGGAGAAUAUGCUGUAUGCUGAGGAGCUUGUGAAGGAGUUCCUUGUUUUUAGAGGGUUCACAACUACCUUGCAAGCUUUUGAGAGAGAGUUAGCAACUGAUAUAGGCAAAGGAUUUCAUGUAGAUAAAAUAUUAGAAUUAGUAUUUUCGGUAUAUAUUCCCCAAUUUCAAAUAGAAAAUUUGAUUGAGGUGCUGAGUUUUUUCAAGCAGUGUUUUUCUUCAUCAUCUGAGAUGGUAUUUCUUUCGACACUAUCAAAAUUGGAGGUCUCUAUUCUUCGAUAUUAUGUGGUUCAUGCCAUAAGAUCUGGAAGAAAGGACAAAGUUGAAGAGCUUUUUGAACAUUAUGGCAAUGACUUGUUGCAAAGAGACCAGGACUGGACAUCAUGGUUUGCACUUCGCUAUCUUAAGAACCCAAGCUCAGAUCCCCAUUUCCGCAUGUAUUUUUCACAAGAAUGGUUUAAUGCCUUGCUCCUUUCGGUUAGGAACUUUUUGAGCGAGAUGUUUAACGGUGCCCGCAUCCCUGCCUUACUGAAGAUCAGUUCCGAAAAGAAUAUGAUCAAUCAUCUUAAAAGAGACAUUAGGCAACUUAAUUAUAAGUUGUCUGAACUUCAGGCUUUGUUGGAGGAAAAGGAGGCUCAGUUACGCAGAUCAAGUCAUACUUCUUCAGCAUCAGAAACUGGAUUGGGUCUGACAAAUAGCACAGCCAGUACUGCAACCGGGACUCUGUUAAACAGUAUGCAUGAAGAAAAUAUUCUUCCUUCCAAGGUUUCUCAGGAGACCUCUGCAUCUGAAAGUGCAAUUCAAACAGAAUCAGCUACUGUUGAGGUUUCUGCAGAUUUGAUCCUAUCUAAGCUUGCUCAGGGUUCAAAUCCCAAAUCAGAUUGCCUAGUUGGAGAUAGUGGGAGGACAAGUGAUAGCCACCAAAUGUUUCAAGCUAGCUUUUGUUCUGAAAAUCGGAAUGAAGAAGAAUUUCUGGAAGUGAAAGUAGUAUUUCAGGAGACAUUCUUGGGCCAUACAAGUCCAAUCAGCCAGUGCCGCUUUUCUGCAUCUGGGAACAAUAUUGCCAGUGCUUCUGUGGAUGGCACAGUCAGGAUAUGGACAUAUGAUUCAUCAACUCCAGCAUCAAGAAAUGCUACCAUCUAUUGUGGGGCAGAGAUUAUGUCACUUGAGUGGGAUUGUAAAUCAGACCGCUUGCUUCUCAUUGGCACUGCUGAUGGAGGAAUUAAAGCUUGGAAUGUUGAUGCAAAAAGAGUUGUUUGUGAUCUUAGCACAAUUGAAGCAUUUCCAAGUGUCUUGGAUCUAAAAUGCAGCCCUGUAGAGCCAAUUUUUGUGUCUGCAGCAGCUUCCAGAAGGCAUGGUACCAAUUAUAUUGAUAAGCUGGGAUUUGCAAAUUUAACUGUCUGGAACAUGAAAACAUGGAAGGCUAUGACAGUCCUCCCUCUUGGUGAGGAUCCUCCAGCAAUGACUUCUUUAUGCUUCAACCAUAAUGGGAAGAUCUUAGCAGCUGCUGCAACAGAUGGAAUGAUUCACAUGUUUGAUAUGUCUGCUGGACUACAAAUUACUGGAUGGCCUGCUCAUGACUCUGCUAUUAGUUCAGUUCUUUUUGGGCCUGAUGAGACCAGCAUUUUUAGCUUGGGGAUAGAUGGAAAGAUAUUUGAAUGGAGCUUGCAAAACCAAGGAAAGGUUCUUUGGUCAGGAAACUGCAGCAGGUUCUGCAAUCUGGAGAAUUCAUUAUACUGCAGACAUGAAAUGGCAUUAGAUGCUAAUGGCAGAAGACUGUUGGUAACAUCUGGUUCAGUUAGAGCACCCAUAUAUCAGGUUAGAGGUCAUACAAAUGGAAUGAAAACCCUUCCUCACAGUGCAGCUAUAACUACUGUGGAUUGGCAUCCAACCUUGCCCAUUUUUUUGACUGGUUCAGCUGAUCACUCUGUCCGUGUGACAUCCAUAUCAUGAAGGUUUGUCCAUCAUUUAUGGAGAAAGCAUGAGUUGGCUAUCGGGUGAAGAACUCAAGGCAAAUGGUAGAGAAUUGUUGAAGUUUGCCUCGAGUUUUGUCCUAGAAGAUAGCAGAACCGGAAAGGAGCAUGAAGGAGUAGUCUCGAUUGAAGAAAUUAGGCAACUAGGGGUUAAUAUGUAAUUUUCCUAAGUUAGUUAGUUGCCUAAGUGUGUCCGUCUCCUCUAUAAAUAAGAGCGCAAGGCGCACGCUGAGGGGGGAUCAUUCUGUGAAGUGCUCUAGUCCUUUGUAUUAUGAGUGCAAGGCAUUGUUCAAGAAAGGAAGAUUGUCUGCAAGUCUUGGGAUUUUUUGGGGGGGAAACAGUGUGGUAUUGUACUCAGGGUUUGUGGGCUAUGAGGGCUAUGAUGUACUGAUCUUUUGUCUGGAAAUAAAGACUACUUGAAGGGGUGUUUGAAGGCUGGAUGUAGGUUUCCUCAA